AACACAAAUCUGUAGUAACCUACACGCGACAUGGACGACAUGCAGAUAGCAACGUGGGCCGCUAGUUUUGGAUUAUUGAUAAUUAUCGCAACCUGCUUCGGUUCUCCAUUGACGACCGCUGACCCCCGGGGUAGCUGCCAGUAUGGCAACAAGGCCUUCGCCAUCGGGGAGACUUUCAUGAAGAACGAGUGCCAGCCCUGUGUUUGUGCUGAAGAAAAUUAUGGCCCCUCUGUCAACUGUGUGUACAUCAAUUGUGCGCCGACACAUUGUGUCAACCCAACCUACUCGUCAUCCCAGUGCUGUGGGGAGUGCCCCGAUGGUCUAAACUGUCAACAUGGCGACAAGGUGCUGAAGGAGGGGGAGGUGUACAAGGAGGGGGGUUUGACCUGUCGACGUGAGUUCGUCCCCCAGCAGUACGGCCCCGCCUACCGAGCUGUCUGUAACACCACCCACACCUAAUGUAUUGCACGCAUUGGUGACAAUAAAGUAUCUGUUGGUCUUCA